UUUUCCCCCUCACCUUCCCUGAUGAUCUUUCUUUUUCGCCUUUACUCGGAGGAGGGUGCGCGGUUCUCCGUGGUGAGUGGAGUCCUGCGCGCGAGGCUGUGUCUGUGCCCUGCGUGCGUGGCGUGGCGCACUGAGGGGAUGACGCACGGGCAAGCCAUUGCCUCCUUGGCUUGGCGGUGCUUCUCACGGGGGUGGUGGCUGCUUCGCGGAAGGGAAGUAGCGUAGAGUAGUAGAGGAGCACCACCGCCGUCGCAUCGCUUGUGUAGACGUGUUAAAUAAGAUCACAUUGAGCUCACUUGCUUUCCUGCCUUCCGCUCUCUCCUUUCACACUCGUACCUGUACGACGCAAGACUACACUCUCGUUGCUAACUCCCAUCAACUACUACUAUGGCAUACAAUAACUACGGACCACCACCUGGAGCACCUCCACAAGGGUAUGGAGCUCCUCCCUAUCCUCCCCAAGGUCAAGGCGGAUAUGGUGCCCCACCCGGAGCUCCACCCCCACACGGAGGCUACGGUGGCGGCGGCGGAGGCUAUGGGCCUCCUUCUGGUCCUCCACCCCCCGGACAAGGGUACGGUGGUGGGUACGGCGGCGGGUAUGCGCCUCCCCCUGGUCCGCCACACGGAGCAGGAGGGUACGGUCCCCCAGGAGGUGCUCCAGGCUAUGGAGCUCCUCCUGGUGUUCCACCUCCAAUGCAUCAGGGAGGAGCACCUGGAGCUGGUGCGCUGACCUACCUGUAUACACAGGUACCCCCUCCACCUCCCAACCCACCUGCUGCUCCACCUGCCGGAUAUGACCCUUAUCGAGAUGUGGAGAGAUUGAGAAAGGCAAUGAAGGGCUUUGGGACAGAUGAAAAGGCAAUCAUUGAGACUCUGGCUCCACUUGAUGCCUUCCAGAUCGACUCCCUCGGCCAUGCCUUCAAGGCCACUGUAGGCAAGUCUCUACUGGCCUCCAUCGAGGGCGAAACCAGCGGUUGGUUCGAAGGCGCGCUACGUGCCAAGGUCCUAGGCCCUGUUGGAUACGACGUCUGGCUGGUUCACCGUGCCUGCAACGGAGCGGGUACCAACGAAGACAUCCUCAACGAGGUCCUCAUUGGUCGCUCCAAUUCCGAAAUGUGGGCUCUCAAGCAGGCAUUCAGAGCUACGUACCACAAAGACAUGGAAAAGGUGGUGGAGGAAGAUCUGAGUAUGAAGACGAGGAGGAUGUUCGUCAUGGUGAUGCAGGCGGCUAGACAGGAGGAGUGGGCACCGGUGGAUCCGGGUCUUGUGCAGCAGGAUGUCAAGGAUCUGAAGAAUGCCGCGAGGGGCGCUGGUACGGAUGAGAUCAAGAUCUGCGGCAUUCUCCUAUCCCGCUCCAACAACCACUUGCGAGCCGUAGCGCACGCCUACAGCUCCAAGCCGGACGGUCUCUCAAGCAUGGUCAAGUCUGAAUUCUCCGGCCACAUGGAAGGCGCACUCCUCCACGCUGUGCGCGCCGUCGAGGGCAAUGCUCCCUACGGCGUCUCGCAGACUGCUGCUCUACUCGAAGCCUCGAUGAAAGGUCUAGGCACGCAAGACGAGAAGCUAGUGUACCGCACUCUGAGGGCGCACUGGGACCGAAGGAGAUUUGAAGACAUUAAAGCCGAGUAUGCUCGUACUCAGCACAAGAAGGGUCUAAGGAACCGCGUCGAGGGAGAGACCAGUGGGGAUUACAAGAGAUUCUUGGCUGCUGUUAUUGGACACUAGUCAGUCGUCGCCUUUGGAGGUCCUGGAAAAGGAGCCUGCAUCUAGUACCCUCGUUGCGAGAUAUCCCGGCGUCAUAAUUCCUUGCCUCGCCUUGCCUUGUCGCUUCUUGUGCUCCACCCCUCUUGUAUAUACUUUUCUCGUUGGUACUCAUUUGCGAUGUCCAUUCUUUCUGCAGCCAUGUCGACCUUUUGAUGAGAAUCAGGC